AACGUAACACGUGGUCAAAGUAAUACGACAAUUUUCAAUAAUUAAUAAUAUUCGAAUAGUUUCCUAUACGUUUUAACGAAAGAAAUAUUUCAAUGAUGAUUCGGCAAUUCCUGCGAGAUAAUUAAAUAACACGAAGGAGGAGAGUAUAUUUAUUAAAUUGAUGAAAAAUUGAGGAAAGAUUAUUCAUAGAGCGAGAGCGAGAGAGAUAGAUUGAUAGAUAGAUAGAUAGAUAGAUAGAGAGAGAGGGGGGUGGAGAAAGAGAGAGUGGGAGAGAGAGAGCGAGAGAGAGCGAGAGAGUGGGAGAUAGGGUUGGAAGAACACGUAAUAUCUGUAACGAGCGGAUAUUCCAGGGAGUAAAAAGGCCCUCCUACCGUGACCAAGGGAAAUCCCAAUUUGAUUCGGUACGUUCGUCGUUCCUGAAUGAAUGAAUGAAUAUAUCUACGGGGGCUAGAGAAUUACGUCGAAGAGAAUAUGGCGGAGGCGUGAAAAUGUUAGGAGAGGGCACGGGGAUCGGAUUGUGACCUACGCGGGGUGGAGACGUCGAGCGAUGUCGACAAGAUGACAGCGGCUCUACGAUGCUUGAAAGGUUGAUUUUCCAAUGCGAUAUUAAGGAUUAUCAGGAAGAAAUUAAAGUGAUAAUAAUCAUUAGAAGACGUUCGUCGAUGACUUAUGCCGCGUCUCUUGCGUACUUCGUUGAUCCUAGUGUAUCAUCAUCAACAUCAUUAUUAUCAUCAUCAUCAUCAUCAUCAUCAUCAUCAUCAUCAUCAUCAUCAUCAUCAUCAUCAUCAUAUCUGUCGUAUCGAUAAGACGAUCUACGAUCAUACGAAAUAAUACAGAGGAGAAACGACGCGAGUCACGAUAGCCGCGCCCGUGAGAUGUACACAGCGUCCUGAGUUGUUGUUAUUUUCCUUCUUCUUCUUUUUCUUUUUCUUUUUCUUCUUCUUCUUUUUCUUCUUCUUCUUCUUCUCCUCCUUCUCCUCCUCCUCCUCCUCCUCCUUCCCGUCGUCGUCGUCGUCGUCGUUGUCGUUGUCGUCGUCGUUGUCGUUGUCGUCGUUGUCGUCGUCGUCUUCUACGAGGAGUGACAAAGUCAAAUAAUGAGUGUUUUUGGAGAUUUUCAGCGCGUCUGGGUACAGAGAUUCCCAGAUAGCGCUUUACCGGCUGCUUGGGAGGAAGACGUCAGGGCGAAUUUGGUCAAACACAAACAAAAGGUAACGGCCUUGAGAGAGGAACUCGAAAAGGAAGAGUUCUAUGUCGAAUAUUUAGAACGAUUAUUGGCGGACGUUGAAAGACACAAACAGUUGGCUAAUAGUACCAAUGCUACGCUCCUUGACAAUAAGCAGAAUUCUGCAGAACUUAAAAAAAGUGGAAAACAUACGUCGGAAAAUAAUGAAUCUGCAAACACUGGACAUUGUCAGAAUACGGAUACUUCUCCGCCACCUCUUCCAGUAAGAGAAGACAUUAGCAAAUUUCAGGAUAAAUGCGUUUCCGAAUUGAGUUCUACCCUUGGAACUAAUAAAAGACCCAAGAGUGAGAUACCUAGAAGUCCUGAAAAAGUGCCUGAAACCAGAAGGAAUAGUGAUCCUGAUGUGCCAAGUAAUUAUGUAACUGUAAUAGAAGUUACUGGAAGUUCAAAAAAAGAAAAGGCCGAUGCUUCUUUUAAAGAAGAGGAUGAAAAAGUAGAAUCUGAAAAAGCUCUUAAUGAGGACGGAGAGGAUGGAGAUGCAGAGGCAUCCGAAGAAGAACCAUAUUAUGAUUCGGUAGCUUUGGAUCAGACAGGAGAAUAUGUGUAUAUUGAUGCACGUGUUCCACCUGUAGGUAAUAAUAAUCCUAGCAGAGCACCUCCGCGUAGACCGCCAUCGCUUCCAGAAUCUCCAGGCAAUCAGAGUAACUAUGUCAACAUAGAUUAUUUUAUACAACAUAGGGCAGCAAUGGAUAGCGAAGAUGAAGAGGGUGCAAGUCCAGCGCCACCAAUUCUAUUACGUGCACUUAGUACAGAUAAUGAAACUGGAAGUAGCGAUGCUGAACCAUUAAGUUUAAGUGAAGGCAGUUUGGAAUCACCUACACCUACUACACCACGCAGACAAGAGAAAAGUAAAGAUAGAGAAGACGAUAGAACAUCUAUGGUCAAAUGUAUUGUAAAUUCUGUCGUAGAAAGUGAAGCAGUAUAUGUUGAAUGUUUAAAUGUUAUGUUGCAAUAUAUGAAAGCUAUUAGAGCAACAUUAACUACGUCUCAACCAGUUAUUUCGGAAGAAGAAUUUGGUACUAUGUUUUAUAAAAUUCCUGAAUUACAUAAGCUACAUCAAAAUUUCUUAGAUGAGCUUAGAAAGAAAACAGAAAAGUGGGAUUUUAAAACUACAAUAGGGGAACAAUUUAAGAUUAUGGCUAGUAAUAUAGGUUUAUAUGGAGCAUUUUUACAUAAUUAUGCUCGCGCUACUGAUACUGUUCGUAGAUGUUCUGCUCAUUCGACUCAAUUUGGGGAAAUUACAAGAGACAUACGACUUAGAGGAUUUCCUAAAGGUCCAGGUUUAUCGCUUGAAGAUCUUCUACAUAAACCUGUAGCUCGUGUUCAAAAAAAUGCAUUAGUGCUACAUGAUCUCCUUAAGCAUACACCAAUGAAUCAUGCUGAUCAUGCGCCACUCUCAGAAGCACUUGCUAUGACUAGAAAUUUUCUUGAUGAAUUUAAUAUUAUUCAAACAAAAUCGAUGUUCCCAAGUCAUGACAGGGCACAAAGAAGAUUAGUGAAAAAUUCGUUUGUUGUUGAACUAUCUGAUGGUCAUAGGAAAUUGAGACAUCUCUUUUUAUUUAACGAUGUUAUUGCUUGUGCAAAAUAUAAAGCUUCAGGUAGAGAUAAAUUCACGUUUGAGUUGAAGUGGUAUGUGCCAGUUGCAGAAGCUGUUGUUACCGAAGAUGGCGUUGAGCCACGAGAAACUAGUCCAGCUAAUGUAGUUGCUUUGAGAUCUCAAGCUUGUACUGUUAGAGAUCAAAUUUUGUGGGAAGAACGAAAUGACGAAAAGAGAAUUAGACUUGGUGGUAGAGGUUCUGAAAAAAAUCGUAAGAAAUUAGCAGAACUUGAAGCACAAUUGGUAUUAGCAUCGCCAAAUUUAGUAAUGCGUGUUGCACAUAAAAAUCAACAUCGAGUGCAAAAUGCAUAUACUUUCUUUUUGUCCAGUGAGUUUGAACGGUCUCAAUGGAUUGAAGCAGUUGAAGCAUUGCAACAAGGUGGUCAACCACCAGGACCUUUACCUUUGACGAUGUAUGAAUUGCAAGCAUGGGUUACAGCUUGUCGAACAUAUUUACAAACAGACAUGGGAAGUUAUUUAUUAAGAUCUGGACGUGAUGAGAGUUUAUUACUUGGGGAUUUGCAUCUAACUUUGCUUGGUUUAACACCACCAGGAUUAGAUAGAAUAGGAGAUCUGUAUAUCAUUGUAGAAGUGGACAGUUAUGGACAUUACUUUAAACGAGCUAAAAGCCGAGUUAUAAGGAGUCAGGCUCCAACUUGGGGUGAGACUUUUGUGGUCGAAUUAGAAGGUAGUCAAAAUGUUAGAAUUUUACUUUAUGAAGAAUGUGGGACACGAUCAGUAUUAAGAGGCAAAUGUAUUCAAAGAUUAAGUAGGUCAUGGUUGCAAUCCGAUCAAGUUGAAAGAUCAUUGAGUUUAGGUCCAGCAACAUUAGAUGUAGCUCUUAGAUUUGUUCCCAGUGAAGUAACAUUGAGGCGAGUACCAUCGGCUAAACCUCAAGGUUUAUUUGGUGCUCGAAUACAACAAGUUUGCAAACGAGAAAAACGUGACGUUCCAUUCAUUAUAACUGCGUGUGUACGAGAGGUUGAAAGAAGAGGCGUUGGAGAAGUAGGAUUAUAUCGAGUAUCUGGAUCAGCAUCCGAUUUAACGAAACUUCGUAAAUCAUUUGAAAGUAAUUCGUACGAAGCAGAGCAGCUUCUUAAAGAGGUUGAUGUUCAUUCCGUAACGGGCGUUUUGAAAUUGUAUUUACGUGAGAUGCCUGAGGCAUUAUUUACAGACGCUCUUUAUCCAGCAUUUUUGGAAGCUUUUCAAACUGGAGAAUUAUCAAGGGGUGCGGCUUUACGACGAGUAUACGAGGGAUUACCGUCCGUAAAUAAAGCUGUUAUCGAUUUUCUACUUGCUCAUUUAAUUCGUGUUAACAAACACGAAGGACAAAACAAAAUGUCGUUGCACAAUUUAGCAACAGUUUUUGGGCCAACGCUUUUACGGCCAGGUACAAAUUCUCGGUCCGAUUCUAAAAGUCGAGACCCUUUGGCUGCAGGUACUGUAGACGUUAUGGCACAAGCUGGUAUACUCUAUUGUUUUUUACAAAUGCAUAUGCAACAAAACAAUCAAUCACUCUAGUCGAGAGUUUAUUAUCGGUGAGACACCAUAACGCUGCCUGAGAAUAAUUCAAAAUAUUUCUAUUCACGAUUGAAAGUGAAUUAAAUUAUAAUAAUAUAAUGAGAAAACUAAUGGCAGAGAAAUUGCUUUAAAAUGAUAAAUCUAACGAUGUUUUCUAACGUAUUUUAUUAGUCACGCGAUGUAUUAUCUUGCAACGCUGAUGUAGACAUCGAGAGUCAAAAUAUAUAAACAGUAGGCAAUGCUUGCAAGGGGAGUUCACGAUAAAAUCCAUGCAUUCUUAAUUAAGUUUUCUAUGUGUCCUAACAACAACAACAACAAUAACAACAACAACAACAACAAUAAUAAUAAUACAACAACAACAAUAACAACAGCAACAAUAUUCUGUGUUCAAAAGGAGAAAGUUCCACAAAAAAAAAAAUCUUAUAAUCGUUUGUCGAUAAAACGAACGUCUCAAGUGUACAAAA